AAUGAUUACAAUACAAACAAAAGAAAACUAAUACAUUAGGGAGAAGAUGAAGUUGGUGAAUGAACUAGACUCGGGGAUGGGUGUUCUCGGGGAGGGCGGUGCCGGAGUUGACUUUUGCGACGUCGAGAGCAGAGGCCUCAGGCUUCUUCUUGGAGUACAAUACCAAGUAACCAAUGGUGGCAACAAUGGCCAAGCCGCCAAGCCAACGGCCAUUUUGCUGGAAACUGCACUAGUUUUUUACGCUGGUGAAGGACCUCUGAUGAAUGCCGUGCUGAUUGGUCUGGUCCUGCCAUUGCAUAAUCCUUUCUUCUGUAAGAUCUUUCUCCUCUUAGUGUAUCCAUUGUAUAUUUUCUGGCUGUGCAGUGGAAUGAAGUUUAGACGGAGCGAUGAGGGUGGCCAGAAAAGUAGGAGGUGGUUUAUGGGUCGAUGGACACGUGGCAGAUGCCCAAUGACUACCCUGUGGGUCAAUGACAAGUGGCAGCUGACCCAUUAAGAUUUCCCGUGGAGAUCUGCUGAAAAAUUUUAGCCAGAGAAGAUAGGGAACCAAAUUCAUCCAAAUGUUUCC